UUGCCUUGCCCAGAUCACAAAACACAACCAAACCACAUAAAAUAAGAUUCCCACGUUGUCCUCUGUUUCUCUCUGUGUCUCUCUCUUCAUUCGCAUUGACUCUAUCUCCCUCUCCAAUCUACUGUGCUAAUGGCGGAUCCAAUCUCGAAGACUCUGAUAGCGUUUGCGCUUCUAGCUUCUUUGUUGCUGUGUUCACACGCUUCCUCUGACGUUCCCUUCAUCGUCGCUCACAAGAAGGCCUCCCUCAACAGACUCAAGUCUGGUGCGGAAAGGGUCUCUGUUUCCAUCGACAUCUACAACCAAGGAACCUCGACGGCAUAUGAUGUGAGUUUAACGGACGAUAGCUGGCCAAGUGAUGCCUUUGAAUUAGUUACCGGCACCACUUCAAAGUCAUGGGAAAGGCUUGAUGCUGGUGGCAUCCUUUCUCACACAUUUGAGUUGGAGGCAAAAUCCAAGGGGUUAUUUGCCGGUGAACCAGCUGUCAUAAAGUUCCGCGUUCCCACAAAGGCUGCUUUGCAGGAGGCCUAUUCAACUCCCAUAUUGCCUUUAGAUGUUCUUGCUGAUAGACCACCCGAGAAGAAGUUUGAAUGGGCUAAGAGGUUGCUGGCUAAGUAUGGAUCUCUAAUCUCAGUGGUCACCAUCGUGGUGCUGUUUGUAUACUUGGUAGCUACUCCAUCAAAAUCCAGCACAAAAGGAAGCAAGAAGAAGCGUUAAUGGUUGGCAAAUUAGUGCAUUUGCAAUCAGACACUUGGGAGGCUAGAUCAUGAUAUUCUGACUGCGGUCAGUUUUUACCUGGUUGUUAGACUUUUUUGAUGAAUGGUUAAAUGAGUUAGUGAGAGAAGAACAACUUAAUUUCUUGACGGCAUAGCCUAAACAGAUGUUUUUGGUUCUCACUGAACGGAAUGUACUUUAAGCUAGCUAAAGUGUUUAAAUUACCUGAUCUCCUACCUAUUUUGCUUUAAACUUUAUAUUCUGAUGACCUUUUCAAGUUCAA